UGUUCGGCUAGCUUGGGCUAUAUAGCCCGGGUCGUCCCAUAGCAAACAAAUUUAAAAGUGGGUUAUAGCCCACAACUCCUCUCCACCCAUUCUCGUUUAAUCUUCCACUUCAACAAUCUUCUGCGGUCAACUCUUUCUUCUUUCUUCUAAAACUAAAUUUGGUUUAGUUCUCCGACUCUGUUGGAGCAAGCAGGACCCAACCCACAUGGAGGAUCAACGAAGAUGGGAGGAUUUAAACGUGGACUGUUUGGUGAAUGUUUUUGGAAGAGUGGGGAUGGAGUCACUACUCUUGGAUGUUCUCUUUGUAUGCAAGAGUCAUGGUACACAGCAUCCCUCAAUCCUUCAUGCUGGCAAUGUCUCAUUUUUCCUGAACAUGAAACUGGCCCUGAUGGUUUUGACCUUCCAACUCAUGAUCUUUGGAGUUCAGAGGAUGAAAUUCAAACCAAUAUUUUUGGAACCUUUAUGAAUAGAUUUCGAUGUAAAUAUGAAAUUGAUGAGCGUCGUUUCUCUAUCACUGUAUUUAUAAAGUUUGUCGUCAAUCGUAGCAGAGGGCAUGCUACUUUUCUCAGGCUACCUGGCUGCUGUACCUUCGAAGCAUUGAAAUAUGUUGCAGAUGUGUGCCCUCGCCUGACGGCUCUGUCUUUGCCCAUAUAUUUAGUGCACCAGAGACCAAGAAUAAUUCCUCAACUAAUUGCAAAAUGGAAACAUUUGGAGGAGUUGUCCGUGGGGAGCAGUCUUGAUCUGAAGAAAACCCUUUCAGAGAUCAGCAUUCACUGCAAGAAGUUUUGGCGUUUACAUGUGGCUAAUGCCUAUAUUGGCAAUGCUGAGGCACUGGCAAUUGUCAAGUUGGUGCCUGAUAUUAAGCACUUGAGCUUGAGGCGGGCAGACAUCGGACGGGAUAAUAUUGUCAUGUUACUACAGGGCUGCAAGGAGCUUGUGGUUUUGAAUUUCAGUGAUUGUAGAGGUUUUGACGGGGGCGACGAUGAAAUAUAUACUCUUGCUUCUCAUAUUACUAAUUUCAGGUGUGAGGGUUCUUUUUCUGAUUGUUGUACAGAUUGCGAUGAUUACUAUGAGAGAAAUGCUGUCUAUCUUUGUGCAUAUGAAUCUGAUUAAAGCC